GGGGUGUAGAGUGGAGGAAUGAACUAUCGCGAUUACUCAGAGGCCUUCUGGCUGCUGGGAUUUGUUCAGCAUCAUCUCUUGCUUGUCCCGGGCGGGUGGUCGUGUAGGAGGAUCACGGUGCGAUUAUAUUACUCUCAAAUCUACGAUCAGGUGCAACAAAACCGCAGGAUCUGACGGGGAGCUCUCCGCCUUGGAUGGACAGUAUAUUUCCUGUUUGCUCGUCCGCGGGAGCGAUUUCACAGCAGCCACGUUCUCGGGUAGCCGAACGGCGAGUUCAGUGUGUGUUCAGUAAAACAUCUUUCAUUUAGGGUGCUGAAUAUUGCUGUCUGAGAUCAGGGAUUUAGGAUAAAGAAUCUUAAUGGCAGAAAACAAUUUCCCUCCUCUUCCCCGUUUCAUCCCUCUGAAGCCAUGCUUUUACCAAGACUUCAACGAGAUCCCAGACCAGCGGCGCACCAUGUGCAAACGGUUGUACUAUCUCUGGAUCUUGAACAGUGCUACACUGGCGGUGAACCUGAUUGGUUGUCUGGCAUGGAUGUGCGGUGGAGGCGGGGCAACUAACUUUGGAAUGGCCAUCCUGUGGCUGAUUCUGUUCACUCCUUGCUCCUAUGUAUGCUGGUUCAGGCCCAUCUACAAAGCCUUGAAGACUGAUAGCUCGUUCAACUUUAUGGCGUUUUUCUUUGUAUUCAUGGCCCAGGUUGUGAUCAGUAUUAUCCAGACAGUGGGCAUCCCAGGCUGGGGAGUGUGUGGCUGGCUGGCCACUAUCACGUUCUUCAGCACUAAUAUCGGGUCUGCUGUGGUCAUGCUGAUUCCUACUAUCAUGUUCACAGCUGUGGCUGUGCUCUCCUUCAUUGCCCUCACCAAGGUCCAUAACUUCUACCGUGGCAGUGGAGGGAGCAUGAGCAAGGCACAGCAGGAGUGGACUACAGGUGCUUGGAAAAAUCCGCAUGUCCAGCAGGCAGCACAGCAGGCGGCAAUGGGAGCAGCCCAGGGGGCAAUGCAGGGCCAGCAGUACUCUGCCGCCCCCACCUACAACUAUGAUGACCCCAUGUGAUAAAUCUUUAGUAAGAAAUAGGUAGAAGGGAGUGUAACAGGGUAUUGGGGGCAAGGGGGGUCAUGAAAAGAAGGCUGCCAAUACAUAGAGGGAGGAAAGCAAAUAACUGACCAAUUUAACUUUAAUCAUCUUUUCUCCAAUACAAUAUGGCAUAGACUUUUGCUUCAGCUCUUUUAAAAGUGUAUGGGUUUAAAUAUUGUUUUUGGUCUGUUGAUCCUAUCAGUACUAUAUUACCACUCCUUCCUUGUGCCACCAAGGCAGUAUGCUAUUUUAUCACUACUCGUACUUUAAAUAUGUCUGGACUGGAGCUCCAGAGAAUAACAAAGCAUUGUAUCGCACUGUGUUUCUAUAGUAACUAGAUUCCUGGACUAACGUGUCCCUGAAGAGCCAGCAGUAACUCCCUAUUUCUGUUGGCAAUUUGAUGUUUAAGCGGACAAUUUAUGACUGCUUGGCAAAAUCAUCUCACUGUUUUACAAGUCAAUAUAUGUCUUCUGCAAAAGAUCAGCAAACACUAGAAGUAAUACAUAAAGUGAAAUAACUUAGGAAUAACUAGUAAUAAAUUAAACACAUUGCAUUUAAAUUUUUUUUGAGCCAUACAAAAAAUGUGGCCUUACAAGAGGUCUUUGGCUUGUUUUUUGCAGUUAGUUUAGUUUGUUUGAAUCAGAUAGCCAUACACUUGCACAUCUACUGUUUAAAUGAAUUUGUUUUAUAAUUGUGUCUCGGGUGCAGAAAUGUACACCGCUAGUGCAUCACAUUUUACAGAUGUGUUGUUGAUUUUGUUUUGUUACCUCAGGAUUCAAAUAGUUAUUUUUUUGCUCUAGCUCUGUAGCAUUGGUAAAAGGUCAGUCUGAAAGGAACUUUGGUUAAAUAUCAGUUUAGGACUGAUUUUUCAAAAAACAUGCGCUAAAACAUCCUUGAGAUUAAUUGUUAGAGAAAUGUGGGUGUUUCCUUAGAGGCUUCACUGACAUCUACCUUUUAUUUCCAACUACAGUAGAAAAAUCCAGGGAUCCUCUCCAGAAAUAAUACAAAAGGUUCAAAUGUUCAGAGAAUCAUCUGCACUGAGAAUCACUCACUUAAGCCAUGAGCUACUGCUUUGUUAUUUACCAUCUCAGUCUUAAAUUGGCGCACUGCUGUCUUUACCUUUACCGAAAUUCUAUCUAAUGUUGUGUGCACUAUUGGACUUAGUAUUUAGUUGUGCAUUUAUCUGCAUAAACGUUUCCAACACUUUGAGUGAAGUGAAACCUUUUUAUCAAGGAAUAACAGGAGUUAAAGCCUGCAAGCAAAGCACACUUGUCUUUGAAUUUAAAAUACAUAGGAUUUACUCUUUCAGUAAUGAAUUCUGCCCUUUCCUAACAGGAUUAGGAUUUUGCUGUAAUAUCACAUCUGAUUUUGUGUACAUAUUUUCUGUGAUACAGUGAUCAUUGUGUGUGUAAAAUUCCCCAAUGAAUCUGAAGAUUAUGUAAACCCUUUGUCACCUGAUACAGUUGUGGUAUUUUCAAUACAUGUAACGUAAUUAAGACAGGACAGAUUAUUAAUAUAGAGUUAUGUUUAUAGAGAGGCUUGAAUUGAUCCAUACUCUCUGAAAGGGUCGGUGUUAGAUUUUAAGCAAUUGUAUUGAAAAGUCUUUAUAUACUCUCAAGUACAAUUUAAAUGAAACUGAUGCGAGUAACCACACUAUACAUGUACAGUAUAUGUAAUAUGUAAUCAAAUUGUCUUAAUCAAAGCUUGUACAAUAGCACCUCAUCUCAAGAACUGUGAAAUGUUUUCAUGUGCUCAUGUACGAAGUGAAUAUUGAUGUGUAUGUUUGACUUUUUUUUAAGGUUUUGUCAUUGUUUUUACAUGUACGUGAGUGAGAGAAGCUUUAGUGUUCACUGUGUUAUACCUGUUACAUUGGAAUGGUCAUGGGGCUUGGUAAAGAGGAUCAUCAGGCUCAAAGCUUUGGCUUGGUGUUGGUAGAAGUUUUUGUUGAUUGGCCAUGAAACUGGUACUAGAUCGGCACAAAACAAAGGACAUUUAAUCUCAGAGUGGUUUAUCUCCUGCUGUUAGGGCUGGUUUCUUUGACAUUGAUUAAGUCUUGGACAAAAUUGUGGUUGUAAAUUCGUUUUGGUCCAGGUUUAAGCUUAAUCUAGGUCUGGGGAUCAGCCCAUAGAGACCUAAAAGAAAACGAGAGCCCUCAAGUGGACAGAAGCUUUCACGGUUCCUGUUUGGUACCCUGUCCAGAUUAAAACAAUUGAUGAAAUCUGUGAUGAAGAGAUACUGACAUCAAGUGUGAAUGUUAUAUUUCAGUUGCACCAGCAAAGCAAAGCCCACUAUCCAUUGCCAAGACCCGAUGCCCAACUCUGCGCUAUGAUCCCAUCAUACACACCCGUGUGUGUGUGUGUGUGUGUGUGUGUGUGUGUGUGUGUGUGUGUGUGUAUAUAUAUAUAUAUAUAUAUAUACACACACACACACACACAUAUAGAUAGAUAUAUAAAUGCUGUCAACAGUAGAUGAAGCUUUGUUUAUAGUGUAAAGUGAAUGGAAAGAUGACAAUAGAACAAAACUGUUAGUCGUCUGUGUGUGGUGUGUUGUGUGGUGCUUGGUAAACUUGUGCCAUGUGUACAUAGGUGCUGUGUGUGCGUGUAUGUGUUGAUGUCACUGCUGUCCAGCCCAAAAUGGAAUGUAAUUGUUGACUGAAGAAGAGCUGCAAUCCAUUUUAUGGGGUUUCUUUAUUUAUUUGUUCCUUUCUUUCUUUCUUUCUUUCUUUCUUGAUUUCUUUCUUUAUGUUAUUGUGGUGGGUCAAACUUUCAUUUCUUUCUGACAUAAAGGCUGAUUUAGUCAUGAGUUAGACAUAAAUACUUAGUUAUCUUUAACAUAUUGUAGGGUAAAUAACUCUGGAAUCAAGGAGUCAAUUAAAUGUGCUCUUUCAAGGUAUUUAGAAGGUUUUUUUCUAGCCCAUUUUGUAUUACUUUUUGUAUUAUUUUGUGUCUUCCUGAUGGCUAGUAAACAGAUAUUGUUGCA